GCUGACAGUGAUCUUGUUUUUUUGUCACAAUGGUGUGUCAGGUGUUGAGGUAGAUGAAGUGUCCAUGGUGGAGGGAGAUUUAGUCACUCUACAUGUUACUGGUACAACAACACAACAAGAAGAGAUUACAUGGUAUUUCAAAAAAACUAAAAUUGCUGAAAUCAAUAUGGAUCAGAAUAAAACCUGUAAAAAUUAUGGGAGAUUCAGAGACAGACUGAAGCUGGAUUAUCAGACUGGAUCUCUGACCAUCACAAACACCACAAUCACAGACUCUGGAGUUUAUGAUGCACAGAUUAGAAGCAGCGACAAAGAAAAAAUCUUUAAUGUUUCAGUUAGUGGUGUUUCUGCUGCUGAACGAGAUCAAAUGAAUAAUACAACAGUGAACAAGGGAGAAUCUGUUACUUUAGUGCUUGGUGAAAUAAAAAACUCACAUGAUGCGAUGAAAUGGUAUUUUAAUGAAAUUCUCAUUGCUGUAAUCAAUGGAAAUCAGAGUAAGAUCUGUAAAGAUGAUCAGUGUGAUGAGAGAUUCAGAGACAGACUGAAGCUGGAUCAUCAGACUGGAUCUCUGACCAUCACAAACACCAGAACCACAGACUCUGGAGUUUAUAAACUGCAGAUCAACAGCAACACAUUCAGCAUCAUUAGGACUUUCAGUGUUGCCAUUAUGUGUCAUUGUACUAGUGAUUCAGGUCUGUCUAAUGUUGCUGUAGGAUUAAUCGGUGCUGGUGUUGGUUUUGUUGCUGGUGUUGUCCUGCUGGUGGUUGUUGGUGUGAUUUACCGAAAGAAAUGUGCAAGUGCACAAGUGCAACAGAAUGAUAAUGAUGCUAAUAACCCUGCUCGUAAUCAGCCUAAUGCAUCUCCAAAUCAGAUUUCUUUACUUCCACGGAAUCUAAAUGAGGCUCAUGAGGCUGACGAGGCUGACGAGGCUAGUUAGGAUGGCAAGGAGCAGAAGGCUGGAAGCCAUAACCCAUGGCAGAGAAUGCAGACAGGAAGAGGGGAACAGUCCAGAUGUCCAGACACUCCAAAGGGCAGAGAAAGGGAAGCACAUAUUUAUUUGAUUUGAUUAAGAGGUGCUGAAUAUUUGAUUUUAUUAAGAGGUGCUCAUUAUUUAUUUGAUUUAAUUUAGAGGUGCUGAAUAUUUGAUUUUAAUAAGAGGUGCUCAUUAUG